AAUCCAGAUUUAAUUGAAACAUUACAAAAUGGAACUCCAUUAGAUUUUUUUCAGUGUAUUGUUAGUAACGAUAUAAUUCAUAAAAUUGUUACUGAAACUAACAGGUAUGCUGGCCAACAGUUGAGGUCUAAAACAAUAUCUCCACACGCACGUAUAAAUAAAUGGUAUGAUACUAACGAAUUAGAAAUGAAACAGUUUUUUGGUAUUCUGAUUUGGACAGGAUUAGUAUCUUUACCAUCAUACCACCUAUAUUGGAGUACAUCUAAUAUUUUUCAAACCCAAUUUGGUAUCAUGAGCCGUAAUAGGUUUGAAUCUCUGAUGAAAAUGUUACAUUUUUCGGAUAAUACUUGCGCUGACACUUCAAAUAGAUUAUACAAGUUAGGAACACUUAUCGAUGAUAUAAUGAUGAAUUCCAAUUUAUGUAUGCAACCAAAACAAAAUUUAUGUAUCGACGAAUCCAUAGUAAAAUUUAUGAGUAGACUUGCCUUCAAGCAAUAUAUUCAAAAUAAAAGGGACAGAUUCGGAAUUAAGGAAUUCAAAUUAUGUAUAUCAUUUUGUUACACAAUAGCUAUGCGAGUAUACUGCGGUAAAGAAGUUGAUAAUAUGUUGAAUGUGGGAAAUGUUGGUAGUAGUGUUGUCAUGGAAUUAGCUGAACCCUACCUUGACAAUGGUAGGACAGUCUAUGUGGAUAAUUGGUAUUCCAGUGUGGAACUGGCCGAGUUACUUCAAGCGAGAAAUACAUAUUUAGUUGGGACGCUGUGACAAAAUAGAAAAUCUAACCCCAAAGAUGUUACCAAAAAAAAAUUAAAAAAGGGGGAAAUUGUAUCCCUAAGAAGUUCGACAAAUGUUUUAAUACUUAAGUGGCAUGACAAGCGUGAUUUACUCAUGAUUUCAACUAAGCAUGAUAGUACUACUACAGAUCUACAAAUAAGAGGAAAAACAGUUAAAAAACCUAAAGUAGUUGUAGAUUACAAUAUUGGUAAAAGUUCUAUUGUUCUUUCUGAUCAGAUGAGCUCUUAUUCUAACCCUCUUCGCCGUAGCCAGAAAUGGUAUAGAAAAGUUACAUUAGACGCACUGUUAAAUAUAAGUGUUGUAAAUGCUCUUGUCUUAUUCCAAGCAGUUACCUCAUCAAAAUUAUCUAUAACAGACUUUAGAGCCCAACUUGUUGAACAGUUAAUCAAAAAAGAGUCUAUUCCAGAAAAUAUACCAGAAACACAUAAAUUAGUAAAAUCAAAUAGAAGUAAAUGCAGCAAGUGUUAUGCAAAAAUGGUUAUAGCUAAAGGCAGAACAUUUGCACAAAAACAUGUAAAUAAAACAUUUA